UUUAGCUCAUGAAGGUACGUUCCUGCAGCAACAGAAAACACAGAACAUCACUUUUUGUUAUUGCACCUUUCAGAGAGACUUCCUGAUCACCUUUUUGAUCUGCUUCAGUUUUACGGAAGCCACUUGCAGCGGUAACAGAUGAGACUUACUUCAUGCGCUCUUCCUUUCCGAGAGAAGAGAUUAUCUGUGGCAAUGCAGUAAUGUUUGUCUUGAUAUAACUAAGAACUAUUGCUUUGUCUAUUUGCAAAGAUGGAACAAAGUUUUGCUGAUCUUCUUUCUGAUGCAUUUGCAGAGACAUCUGUUCCAUCGUUCCCUGAUGGAGAUUUGGACUUUGAGAAUUUAAAUUUUGAUGAAAAGUUUGAUGAAGACAAGAUAGGCAUCUCUCAUGAAAACUUGCCAACAAAGGAAGUCAGAGCUCUGCACCAGGAAGCAACUGGUGACACAGUUUUGUCAAGCAAAGCAACUUUAGAUACAUGCAUGGCUGAAAAUGUUGAUGAAGAGCUGUCUGAUGCCAAGGAGGAUUUUCAAGGUGCAGGAGUCAUGAGCGUGGACAAAACGCCAGAGGAGGAGUACACAAGCUCAGAUGGGGAAUCCGAAGAGGAAGGUUCUGUCUCUGGAGGGGAUGAAGAUGAUGAAGAAGAGGAUAAGGGGACGGGAGAGAGGCCAGGGGAUUUGCUGAUGUCGGUUCACUGUGGUGACGAGUUCCAUGAUGGUAAUAAAGAGGACAGGAUCUUUGCUGAGGGACAACCUCUGGCUCCGGAGAGUACUGAAAACCCUCAAGUUAGAAACGAGGAGCAAGGUGAGAGUGAUGAGGAGGUGUCCUACUUUGAGAGAGUCCCUGGACGUGGCAGUGAGGUGAUAAUAAAAGGUGAUGAGAUUGAAGAGGAUGAGCAAGAGGGAGAGGAAAAGAAGCAAGAUUCAUCUGAUUCUGAGUGUGAGGUCAUGAAAAUUGAACAAGAGCAACAUUUUCUUGCUCAGUGCUUUGAGCAGGAGGUUGAAAAUCCUUACAGAGAUGAGCCGGCAAAAACCACUUUGGAGUUUCCAGAUUUAUCAGUGGAAAAUCUGCAGGAUCUCAUUGCUGAAGUUGACACUGAAGAAAAUGUGGAGAAAAUGAAAGAUUUCUCAGGGGAGGAGCACCAAGAGGCAGGGGAAAGCUUUGCAGAUUAUCCCUCAGACUUUUCUUCAUGCGAAUAUGUAGAAGAUGGAGACAAAAAUCAAGAAAAUUAUCAGUUAAAUGCUUCAUCAUGUGCAUCCGGCCUCAGUUCAAAUGCAAAGCAGAGCACCGGCCUGGAAAGAGCAGUGACAGAUGUAACAUGGACGGAAAAAGCUGAGGACACUGAUGAGGAGGGAGAUGGGUAUCUGUACAGCAGAGAUUUAGAGAUGGAUGCUGAUAGGUUCAGGGGCCAGGGUGAGGCAAGUGGAGAAAAAAUAGAGUAUGUGGAGCGCGUGAUAGGCGAUGCAGCGGUGACAGGGUGUGAUGAUGGAAGUGAGACGAGUGAGAGUGACUCCUACAGCUCCAGUGACGAUGAGGUCCGAGUGAGGAGAAGUGAUGAGGAAUUCUCAUAUAACAUGAGUCUACAAGAUCCCGAAAACAACAAGCAACUGGAGGACACUCGUCUUUACAGUGGGAGCAGUGCAGAGUUCUCCAGGUGGAGCGUCUCUGAGGACCAUCACGUCAGGCAUUACUACGACAGACCAGAUUCAGCAGCUUUCAACGUUAGCUGGGACCUCAACGUCUUAACAGCUGACUCCCCUCUUUUUCAAGACCUGCUAACCAAAGAGGACACAGACGGAGCGGAAAUACUGUCUUCAGAUUUGACUCAGUGUCCUGCAGAAGACGUCAGCAACUACUCAGCAGUUCAGAGAGAGGGUGCUACAACCACAAGCCCUUCUAACCAGGGAUCCCUGGAUGACAGCUUCUUCUUCAACACUGAACUUGAAGCCUCUGGGAUCUCUGAGCUGGGACAAUUAGGAGAUGACGAGUACGAAGACGACAGGAACUGGGAACAAGAACAGGAGAGAAUCAAGGCUUUCUACAGGUUUUACGAUGAUAGCAACGGGGAGAAUGGAAGAGAGGGGAGGCAGAUAAAAGUGCAGUUUUGUACAGAUCCAUUGUCUGAAGUCAUUCACUAUGAAACUGAAAGCAGCGACAGAGAUUCACUCAGCAGCUCUACAGAGGGGGAGGAGGACCUGAACUCUGCAGAAACAACUGAGCACCAAUCCAUGGCAUAUAUGCGUGGUGGGACGGGUGAGGGGGACCCAAGAUGUACCCCCCCUACCAACGGGCCUGCUGCUUUGUCUUUGCCCACGCAGGAAUUGAGGGAGCCUGACAACACCCCGCAAGUGGAACCAGCUUGUGAUCCCUCAAACUUUCAGCUACCAGAGAGUGCACCAGAUCUCAGCAACACACAGAUUUGCACCAGAAAACACAAGUGUCUCAACAUGCUGAAGCUGACACUGAAGAUGGGUCUGGUGAUACUGAUGGGACUGCUGAUGUUCUGGUUGGCCACAGACCAGGCCGACUGGCUCAGCCAAGUUGACUUCUUUGAGGGCUAAAGCUAAUUUUUGGUCAUUAAAACUUGUUUAUAUGCUUACAAAUGAUGAAAGAAAAAAAAAGAGACAAUAUUAAAUUGUAAAAAUACAUUGUAAAGUGAUAGAGGCUGAAAGUUGUGACCUGACAUCUGUAAUAUGCAAUUUUGUGUUAAAUAAAUAUCUAUCUUUGUUAAAAAUCA